UAUAUAUAUAUUUAUAGUGAAAACAAUAUAUUUCAUACCAAAAUAUUGCAAAUGGACAUGUUUCUACAAUAACAGAAUAUUCGGCAAUAAAAGUUGAUAUGGAGUGACCAUAUUACAACACAACAGUUACAUCAUCGAUAAAGAAAAUUAACAAAUAGUGGAUUGUUGAUAUUUUUGUUACUCUGAUAAACAUACAGCAUAACGAUUCUGGUGAGGAUUAUAGGAACAUUUCCAGUAAGUGAAUCUUUGAAUUCAAUAUGUCCAAUAAUUUACAACUUUACAUGAUUAGAAAUGAGAAUUUAUGUACACGUGCAGAAAGUACACAAGUGUUAAGAUUCCUCAGUAGUUCUUUCAAUAGUUUCAUUAUGACAAAGGAUAAACAUGAUCAUGUAAACUGGGUACAUUUUCAUAUCUAUUGACUAACCCAUAUUUAUUAGAAACUGAUCACUAAAUUAAUUUAUCUUCUGGUAGCUAUUGAAUUGAUUUGCUUGACUGAUGUAGAUAUAGAUAUUUAAGAACAAACCACUGGUUACCAAAUAUUCAUUUGGAUAAAAAUGAUUUUAAACUCAGUUUUUAGAUAAAGAAUUUAAUGUUUCCCUGAAAUGUAUUCAUAUCUAUCGUCAUUAUGUACACUUAUAACAAUGUUUGUUUGCAG